AUGGUUAAGAGUUAUCAGCUAAAUAACGAGAUUGUGGUCACACAAGAACAAGUCGACCACUGGAAUGCUGCGCUUGCGCAGAUGCAGUCGCCACGCCAAAUCUUGGAGUGGGCGCUGGCCACAUUUCCACACCUCUUUCAAACCACGGCUUUUGGCCUAACAGGACUUGCAACCAUUGACAUGCUGUCGAAAAUCCAAGACCAGAGCAUCACCCCGCUCAUAUUUAUUGAUACACUACACCACUUCCCGCAGACGCUUGACUUACUACGCAACAUUGAGGACCGCUACUACAAACCCAGAAACCAGACGAUAAAUGUCUAUAAGCCCGAGGGAGCAAAUAACGAGUCUGAAUUUGCGGCCAAGCACGGGGAUUUCUUGUGGGAAAGGGACGAGACCAAGUACGACUUCUUGGUGAAGGUUGAGCCUGCCCAUCGCGCAUACAAGGAGCUAGGCGUUACCGCAGUUUUCACAGGACGCCGCAAGUCACAGGGGGGGUCUCGCUCAAGUCUCCUUUUCGUCGAGUUAGACGAACUGAAUGGGAUACUAAAGAUAAAUCCUCUUGCAAACUGGGAUUUCCAGCAGGUCAAAGCCUACAUUGACAACCAUCAAGUUCCAUAUAACGAACUACUAGACUUAGGUUACAAAUCCAUAGGGGACUACCACUCGACUCAACCGGUAGCUGAUGGCGAGGACGAAAGAGCUGGAAGGUGGAAGGGAAAGAGCAAAACUGAAUGCGGCAUCCAUGAGACUAGUCGUUUUGCACAGUUCCUAGGCGCCAAAGAAUGA